AAGGAGAGAGGACUGGGAGGAUGAUGGAUUGAAAUUUUGACAACUCGCUCCUACCAAGUUGAUCCUUAAAACUUUAAGUAUAUAUAUAGUGACGAGGUUUUAAAAAUCAAAUCGCGAAUCAUCACUUUAACGAAGCAAAUUGGAUAUUUGUUGGAUUAUUCUUCGGCUCCACCUUCACCUUUAAUAAGGCCUCAUCUCCACGCGACAGUGUAUUGCGCACACAUAGAAAUUUCCUUAAAAAAAUGUCUGAGAAGGCUGCUCUUGGAUCAUGGUCGAGUGGCUUGUGCGGCUGCUUCUCUGACUGCAGCAGCUGUUGCCUCACGUUCUGGUGCCCUUGUGCUAGUUUCGGAAGAAUAGGAGAGAUCGUGGACAAAGGAACAACUUCUUGUUGUCUUCAUGGAUCACUUUUCUGCCUACUUGGUGGUUUCUCUUAUUUAGCGGGUAUCUACGCCUGUAUGUACCGUACAAAAAUAAGGAGGCAAUACGGGAUUGAGGGACACCAAUGUGCAGAUUUUUUACUCAGUUGCUUCUGCUCUGCUUGCACCCUUUGCCAAGAGUAUCGUGAGCUCCAAGCCCGUGGAUUCGACGUCUCUGCUGAAUGCAUAUAUAGGUUGGAAAGGGAAUGUCCAAAUGCGCACGAGUGGCGUGACGGCGGCUCCGGUAGUGAACGGUGGCAUGAGCCGUUAGGGCAGGCGUGUUUGUCCUUUGCUCCGCCAGCGUGAUGAUGCCUUGCACUUAUACAGUGGAUGUUGAUCGAUGAUGCUCCUCUCUCGUGAUCAUUUCGUGGCUUUUAGUGAGUGAUAAUGGAAUAAGUUAUCGAUGUGUUGUUAGCAUUGUUUGGAGCUAAGUCUUAUCAAAAGACUAUGAAGAAAAAUGUCAUGCGUGCUUGAGUCCACAUGUCCCUUGUGGCUGCAAUUAUUGUGCCACUUCAAUCUAAAUACUAUGCUCCAACAAUUAUGUGUGGCUUUUAAAACAUUCAAUAAAAGUAAUAAUUUAUUCGUGUGAGCUGUGAGUGGAUAUUUAA